GUAUACCUAGUCUAAACCGAUUGUGUGAAGCAGUUUGUGGGGGAGAAGAGAAGACAGACAUGUGGAUGAUCUCAUGGCAGAUCCGCCGAGGUUCACGUCACAUGCAAUGGAUCCAAAUACCUACUGCUAUCACUUUAACGUUGCAGCGCGCCCCCGGCCUCUUUGCAACUUCAAUCCAUCCACGACUAUCUGUCGCAUUUAAAAACCUCGCUCGAUUCCCAUACGAUUUCCUCGCUUUCCUUUCUUCCUGGCUACUAUUUUCUUGUGUCUUUUUCAUCCGUCAAUCUCCUGUAAAUCUGUCCAACCCUUUAAUCGCAGCCAUGUCUCUCAAGAACGACAAGUUUCCCGCCUCAGCCGCCUUCGACGCCAUCCAAGCGGCCAUCAACGCCAGUGAUGCCGAUCGCAAGGAUGCCAUCAAGCAGGGCAACGGCGUCUACGCCUUCACCCUCAAGAACGCGAGCGGCGAUGAGGCCAGCUGGCACAUCGACCUCAAGGAAACCGGCAAGGUCGGAACUGGCACCGGCGCAAAGCCUGAUGUCACACUCAUCCUCUCCGAGGAGAACUUUGGCAAGCUUGUCGCUGGCAAGGCCAACGCUCAGCGUCUCUUCAUGGGCGGCAAGCUCAAGAUUAAGGGCAACGUCAUGAAGGCGACCAAGCUUGACCCUGUGCUUAAGAAGGCCCAGGACAAGGCCAAGCUGUAGUUUAGGCGUGCUUUUCUGACGUCUGGAUAGCAUUUUUGUUUAUUUUUGUAUGAUAUCAACUUGCUUGUCACUAAUCGCUCCGUACCACCCGGAUGCGAACGUAUAGAGGAGUAUUUGCGUCAAGGUCAAUCUAUCAUUUUAUACUGUGAGACAGCCCGUAUAUAUGUCCUCAAUUGUCCAGAUAGCUCAGCGGAAAAUGUCUCAUUCUGAGUCCAUGUACUAAACGAGACCGGUCGCUCUUUGAAGCUCACACCGAGCCUGUUCACGUACUUCACGAACAAUCUCACCCGUAGGCUGGACCUUAUUGAUAAGCCCGACGCCAGUUCCCCUG